UCGGCUACCGUACUAUAUAAAGUUUGUAAAAUAGAACUUGUUUUAUCAAAGUGGUAGUUGAGUUGCAUCUAAAAUGACGUACAUAGUGGUGACUGAAUCAGAAUCGACGGAGGAAAUAACUUGCAAAAUAAAGGGCUCAACAUCCGGAACUAUAAAAUAUUUAGAAAACCACUUUUCGAGUUUGAACCUACCGUAUCAUAGUCACAAAGAAUAUUUUGAGGUGGACGUAGAAGGCGUACUUAUUCUAAAUGCCCUUAAUAGUCAAGGAUACAAAGUCAUUACUCAGUCUAUGGCUAUCGAAUAUACAACUGUUGGUGGACGAAGCUUUAAAGUCCAAAAACUUGUGUGGACACUUGGAAAAUUUGUAUAACAUAAUAAUCAAUUAAAAUAACAUUUAACUUGCUUCAAUGUUCGAUGUAACUUCACUCUGGCAAUCGCUGAGGAUUCUAUCUGUAAACAACUCUGGAACCUGAAAAUAAUAAAUAGCCCGUGAAAUAAAAUAUUUAUCUCUGA